UAGGGAAAUUUUUUCGCAUAAUGCAUAUUAUACUGUGGCGCAUAAAUCAUAAAUCCAAGGCUGUUUGUGCCAAGAGUUUGGUAUUUGUUUGGGUAUUGGUUGAGCUGGUUUCAAACUCGAGUAUGGUUCUGAGAAACAUGAAAAUGCUGGUCUUCAAAUGGCCGCUGAAGUUUGGAUGCGAUUGAGCAGCUUUCUCUAACCACUAACUAACUAAACAAUACAUUUGUUAAAUAAUCAUUUAAAGCAAUACAAUUACACACCAAGUAUACCCCAAUUUGCACAAUGUUAGCAAAAGUGAUGUAUAAAAUUGCACAUUAAAUAUAAAGCCCAUAAUUCAUCCUGGAUAAGCCCUUAUAAUCUGGUAAAUAUGGCAGUCAGGCUAUGCUAAAAGAUCUUAAUUCUGUGUUUAUGUCAUGUCUUUAUAUCAUAUCCUGAAUUUCAGUGCUGGGCAAGUUUUGUCCUGUAACCUUUUCACUGAAUAUCAGUUCUUUAUUAUUAUACUUAUGUGGACAAUCUGAAUAUUGUGUUUCUACAGAGGUCAUGUAGAAAGCGAGGCUUGUCAUAUGACAUGAUGCCACAUUUGUGCAUAGGGCAAAAACGACUCUGAUCCCCAGCAAGCCUCCCAAUGGGUACAAAUUCACACAAUUAGUCACCCCUGACCUCCAUGCUCAUGCACUGCGGCAAAACAACCUACCCCUUCAGCCAUGAGCACAGGUCUACUUUGUACUCAUUUGGGCUUCCUUUCAAGUGGCUUUGUGGCUGACAGCAGAUAACGCUUUCGAAAAAGCCCACAAGCUGUGGCACACGGGAAGACAGCAUGCUCCAGCAUGCUCCUACAGGACCAACCCAUGUGCACAAAGCGUCUCUUUGUGCUAUAUCCGUGGCCUCAUACUUAGUGAGUUUGAUUAUUCUUCUCAUAGUCAUCCGUCCGAACCAGCUGAGGUAAACGAUCAUGAUGGUGAAAGAGGUGGUCUUGCUGUGGACGCUGGCUCGUUUGGCAGCUUCAGUACAAAUCCUGGUGGAUAACAGCAAUAAAACACUGGCAAACAUUCCCGCCACCUACGAUGUAAACAUAACCAGUUUAAUCCUGCACCACAACCGCAUCGUGAUGAACAGCGUGGACACACAGGCUUUGAGAAAUUACUCCAACCUGAUAGAGCUGGACCUCUCGUACAACCUCAUAGAGCAGCUGCCUGAUGGAGCUUUUUCUGCUCUCGGCAGUCUGGAAACGCUCCGUUUAACAGGGAAUAAACUACAAACGAUAAGGAACGAGACGUUCACGGAUUUGAAGAAACUCAAGAUUCUGGAUCUGGCCGAGAAUCCAUGGAACUGCACGCAGGAGUUACUGACGCUUGUGAAGUGGAUGGAUCAUGGGGGACUGCAGACAGGACCAAAUGCCACCUGUACCACUCCAGAGAACCUGGCUGGAAAAAGAAUCCUGGAUGUGCUCAGUACAUCAACAAAAGUGGUACCUCCAGUUACAAGCAGUACAGUCCCUACUACAAAAACCACUUCUACUUCUACUACAGUAACAGCAUCCAGAAAAACCUUUAUUACCAUCCAAAGUUCACCACGUCAAGGGUUGACCACAGUAAGCAGUCACAACGUUUCAAUCAGAGCUGACAAGACGGUGGCGACCAACGCCUGGAAGUUCCUAACUGGAGUGAUCGUGAUCAUUCUCUGCUCAUCCAUGGUCAUCAUAUGCGCGGUCAAAUCACCCAUCUGGUACAAGAUGCUCUUCGACUACCAGCACCAGAGGCUGCACGAAGCCGAGGAGCCGAGUAUCUUUAGCACAGGCCGCUACUCCAACUUCAGCCUGGACACGGAGCAGACGGAGACCAGCGCUAACGAGCUGGACCAGGGCCUUACGGGGCCGGCCGAGGAUGAAGACGGCUUCAUAGAGGACGGCUACAUUCAGCCUGAGGACUACAAGGAGCAUGCUGACGAUGAUGAAGUAUAAACUGAGUGACCCUCCCUAAAUGGGUCACAAUGACUGACGGGACUGUUUAAGGUUCAAUAGAAAACAGGUCCGUUUGAGGCAUGCUAAGCGAAAGAUAGAAGUCUGGAUAUGACAAGUCCAAACAUAUAAGAAGCAGCAACUGUAGAAAUGCAUGUAGAAACCAGAUGUGGUGAAAGAUAAACGGUGCAAAUCCUUGUUGUCAUCUUGUGACUGAAAUUCUUCCCGAUGAAACUGCUACACUUAUUCGUUUUCUAGAACAGAACAAGCUUCACAGGUUCUAAAAGUAAACUUUUAUCACUUAUUGAUAUCACAAGUGUAUUCAGAAGGUGGCUCUUUUUUAUGUUUAAAUGUCGAUCAGAAAAUGUUGUACAAGUUGUUGGCUUAAAUGUUGUAUAAGUUGUUCCUUUGCAUCUUUUUUAAAGCACACUGAAGUUAGAUUGUCAUUAACAAGCUGUGAACUUUAAUCUUUAACCACACUGUGCAGCUCAGCUCUGUGAUUUAUAAAACACUUUAUACCACAUUGUUUAAUCUGAUUGCUCAAAAGGUGUUGAUUGUUCUUCUCCAUAGUGACAGAUCAUUCACAGGGACAUGUAUGGUAGACACUCCAUAUAAUUAAUAAAGACUAAUAAACAGUCAAUACAGG